AUGGGGAGAGGGAAAAUAGUUAUAAGAAGGAUCGAUAAUUCGACAAGUCGACAAGUGACUUUCUCCAAGAGAAGAAGUGGAUUGCUCAAGAAGGCAAAAGAGUUAUCUAUUCUUUGUGAUGCUGAAGUUGGUGUUAUCAUCUUCUCUAGCACGGGCAAGCUCUACGACUACGCAAGCAAUUCAAGUAUGAAAACCAUCAUUGGGCGGUACAACAAAGUAAAAGAGGAACAGCAUCAAUUACUGAAUCAUGCUGCAGAGAUAAAGUUUUGGCAAAGAGAGGUUGCGACUUUGCAGCAACAGCUCCAUUAUCUUCAAGAAUGCCACAGGAAACUGAUCGGAGAAGAACUCUCUGGAAUGAAUGCUAAUGAUCUACAAAGCCUUGAAGACCAGCUAGAAACAAGUCUAAAAGGAAUUCGUCUAAAGAAGGACCAACUUUUGACGGACCAAAUAAGAGAACUCAACCGUAAGGGACAAAUCAUACAAAAAGAGAAUCAAGAGCUACAUUGUAUGAUAGAUGUAAUGCGUAAAGAAAAUAUUAAACUGCAACAGAAGUAUCAGGUUCAUGGAAGUCCAAAUGCUAUUGAAGGCAAUUCGAGUGUAGAACGUAUAAGCAACGGAAAGGAAAUAUACGCGCCAUCGCAACUUCAACUCAUACAACUACAAUCUCCUAAAGAAAAAUCAAUAAAAUUGGGGCUAAAACUUCCCUAGCAAAAAUUGUUUUACAACAAUUGAUCUACAACAUAGAUCAUCUCUCUGUCGACUACUUCGUGAAGUUUGUAUAUUAUUGUCUCUCUCUCUUUCUCAAAUUACGUUUUGAAUGAAGUUAUCUGAUGUACAUCAAAAAAUAAUGAUGUGAUGUGAGUGCCAAACACACUAGACAUUGUAUCUAUCUUUUUCAUUUCGUUAAACUAAAUUGA